AAGAAUUUAUGCCCAAAAGCAUCCUACACACAUUUGGCUACUUAAUCCAUCUUUAAAACCUGCCAAACACUCAUCAACCAAAUCCGAUAACACACUUAACAGUAUCAGUUGCAUGAGAGUUUGAUGGAGUGGCUGCAGCCGAGGAGGAGAGGGCCGGAGUGGAAGCAGGGCUGGACGGAGAAGACCCAGACCUCCUUCUCUGCCCCGCCUCUCCACUUGCUCACCGUCUUCCUCAUCGUCAUCUUCCUCCUCUGGUGCUCUUCCUCCUCCUCUGACCCCAGGCCCUACUUCGGCCACUCUCUCGCCGGCCUCCAACUCCUCCUCCUCCUCUCCCCCGUCCUCGCCGUCUUCAUCAUGGCCCUCUACUCCCGUGCCUCCAGGUACAUCGGCAGUGGCAGCAGAAGCAAUUUGAACGCUUGGUUCGGGGCUGUUACGCCGGGGCAGGCACGCAAAAGGCCACGCGGCAGGAGCUCAGCUGGGAUGGGGAUACCCUGGAAGGUUGCUUUCAUGGUCGGGUUGCUUCUCGUGUUGGUCGCCUACCAUUCUUCUUUCUAGUCCAAGUGGUUCGGCCCUCUCCAGGAGUGAAUGGUAACUACGCGGUAUGCCAUGUCGGAUCAGAUGUCAGCCUUCACCACGGAUUAGUCAUCAGCCGAGGGGCCCUGUACAGGGAAGAUGAGAAGGAUACAGGAAAUGGUCUAUUGUCUGUUUUUCAUGAGGUACUGUGGUUUCGUAUGUAACGUUUUUGGUUGUGUUAUUAUGUUGAAUUAACGUCGGCUGACAUAUAGAUGAAUCCAGCCCUUUCAUUUCUAA